GCGACACCCAAACAAACCGCGGCCAAGAGCAUUGCCAAGACCAAGGCAGCACCCAAGGGCAGUGCAGCACCCAAGGGCAGUGCAGGGAAAGCUCAAUCAGCAGAUGCCGGCUCUCGGCAGCAGAUGUCUGCCUUUGUGACAUCCAUGAAGUACAAGCUGGGUGGUCAGAACAAGGAGCAAGCCAGCACAGCACAACAGUUGCUCGACAAGUACGCCGCAAUGGACAAUGGUGGCAAAAGAAACAUGGCAAAGACGUAUGCCGAGCACGGGCCCAAAGAUUUGAGCUUGGCUGCUCAGUAUACUGAGACCAGCAACCACGACAACAUAGAGGAGAAAAGCAAGUCGAAAGGGUACAUGAGCAGGAAGCAAAUCUUCGAGGCCGAGGGUAUCGACACGGAGGGGAUGAACGAAGCAACAAAGGAGACUUGCUUGCAGGAGCUACUCCAGGCUUUCUAUGCACGGAUUGGAUCGGAUCCAUCCAAGGAUCCGAGUCUGGUCAAGAAGCAUGACAAGGUCCCGGCUAUGUCCAAGUUCUAUUAUGAGUUUGAGCAGAAUAUCCUCGCGAAGGAAGUGGAUAGCAAGAGCCGGCCAAGUGAAGAUCGAGAACCCAGCCCACGUGGAGCUGCAAGCGAAAAUCAAAGCCGUAUCAAGCAAAAGAUGGACAGGGAGGAGGCAGCUCUGAAGGACUGCCUAGCAGACUUGGAGCAUGCUGCUGUGAACAAGAAAUCGCUUAAAGACAUCGUCUCCGAUUUCAAUACGAAAAUGCAGGUCUUGCAUGACUUCCUGAUCUCCAUUAGAAAGGCCUAUGCUCAGGCGAACAAGUUGGAGCCGUCCGACGAGUCUGGUUGCAAGAAGGCCUUGGAGGAGUUCACGAAUUUCGGCAACAUGAUGCUCAUCCAUCAAGAAGGUGUUAAAACCAUGAAGGUCUCAAUGAAG